UCAAUAUUGGCAAAGCCAAAACAACAUUCCUCCAAAAAGACCGAGGGAGUCAGAAACGCGGUAAGUAUCGGAUCAGUUCAGGUCUGAACGCCGAUUUAGCCAAAUAUAAACUUCGAUUUGAGUCCGGCUAGCGAAGAUCAUAAUAAUUGACCAUGUCUAGCCGUAAACUGGUUACUGUUCUCCUCCUGGUCGCGUUGCUCGGGUUGAGUUUAAUGCCAUCUAGCCAAGCACGGCCGAAACGGGGUCGUAAAAGGGCAUUUGGUGUGGGCCUCUUGGGCGGAGCUUUAGCUGGAGCAGUCAUUGGCAAUGUGGUGGCCAAAGCCCAAGCAACACCAGCGCCGGCGCCUGCCCAUGCUCCAGUCGCCCAGGUGCAUCACUACUACCAGGCACCUGCUCCUCCGGUCAUUCCCGCACCGGUUGCAGUACCCCUGCCAGUUCAGCCUGAUCCCAAGAAGAUGACAGUCAUUGAAACUGGUACUCCCGAUGCCAACGGAUGCUACAAGCAGACUAUUCGAGAGCCCAAUCCCAGCAACCAGAAGACUUACACUGAAACAGAGCACCUGAUAUGUCCCACCUUGCAGACGAAUGUGGCUCCACCGGCUAUUCCUCCGAGUCCUGUUCAUGUUCCGGUGAUGCCGCAGCCUUUCCCAGUUAUCCACGUUCCGGCUGCUGCUCCUCCGGCUCCUGCUACGGCUGCUGCAGCACCUGCUGCUCCAGUGGCACAGUCUCCUGUGGCCCAUGCUCCUGUGGCACAGACUCCUGUAGCCCCAGCUCCUAUUUCCCCAGUCCAUUUAAGUUAUCCGCCUGGAACUCACCAAGCAGCGGCUGUUCCCGUUCCGGCUCCUAUUCCUGCAGCUUCUCCCGUUCUCAUUCCUGCUCCCCCUCCUGGUCAUGCUCCAGCCCACGCUCCUGUCCCAGCUCCAGCUCCUGUUCCUGUACCCGCUCCAGCUCCUGUUCCACUACCUGCUCCCGUACCCGCAUCCAAUCCCGCCAUCGCCCAAAAUCCUCAUGUGAUUGUGUUGUCCAAGAAAACGGUUUAUUAUCCCAAGAAAAGGUCCUUGGCGCCCUCGUUAAGUAUUCCACAAAGUAUGCUGGUUCUGAUAGUGCUUUUCUAUGGCACCAAAAUGGUUCUAUUUUAAAUAAAAAUUUAAAUAAAAAUUAACCAAUAACUAGUUAGAAAUAUACAUAGAUUUUUAAACUAAAAGUGUCUUAUUGUAUUACUAAUCGUGUGUCUUAAAUAAAAACUCGUGGAAAUCAAA